GGCGUUAAAUUAAAACGACGCACGUCACUGAUUACAGUACUUGUCGUCUGUUUUUGUUAUUGUGUAAGAUAUUAGGGCAGUUGAUAGAUUGUCUUUACGAACUGCUCUUCGUCUGUUUAAGUCUGGGAGAAUUUUAGAAAAUGAUGGAAGAAGAAAAUCUGUAUAUACCAGAGACUCCGACAAAGAGAGGACAUGUUUAUUUUGUUGCAGCAGCAGCAUGUUGUGGUUCUGUUUCUAUGGGAACGGCUUUAGCUUAUUCAUCACCUGCCAUUCCUCAGUUAGAGAAAGCAACUUUCGAAAAUGAAUUCCACAUCAGUAGUAGUAUUGCUUCUUGGUUUGGAAGCACUGUGGCAAUUGGUGCUAUGUUUUCGGCACUAAUAACAGGUUCAUUGGCCGAACGACUCGGGAGAAAGACUGUGUUAAUAUUUUCCUCGGCUCCUUUUGUGCUUGGAUGGCUGUGUAUAAUAUUUGCGAACUCUGUACCUCUGCUGUUACUGGGUCGAAUACUGAAUGGUUUUGCCAUCGGCAUAAUUUCCUUAACCGUUCCUGUUUACAUAGCAGAAACAUCACCACCAACCUUAAGAGGGUUAUUGGGAUCGUGUAUACAAUUAUCUGUUACUAUAGGAAUGCUCUUUGUGUAUUUCGUUGGCAUAUAUACUAAUUGGAAAUUACUGGCUGCCAUCAGUGCAAUUUUUCCAGCAUUGUUCUUAAUAUUAAUGUGUAUUGUUCCUGAAACUCCUCGGUGGUUACUGGCAAAUCAUCGAUAUUCAGAAGCGAUUCAAGCUACGAAAUUUAUUAAUGGUUCUAGAGUAAAUGCCGAGCAAGAAUGUCACAUUAUAGAAAUGAAAAUAAGAGAACAGUCAAGCGAAAAAGCUUCUAUCAGAGAACUAUUUCAGCCCCACAUUUUAAAAUUAUUUUUAUUCAGUUUAGGAUUAAUGUUUUUUCAGCAGUUUAAUGGAAUAAACAGCUUUUUAUUUUAUACACAAGGUAUUUUCAAGACUGCUCAAGUGAAAAUUGAUCCAGAUUACUGCACGACCAUCGUGGGUGUUAUGUUAGUUAUUUCAACUUUCAUUGCUAGUAUCUUAAUGGAUUAUGCAGGAAGAAAAAUCUUGCUCUAUAUCUCAGGAAGCGUAAUGUGCAUUAGUGUUGUUUCUCUUGCAACCUAUUAUUAUAUAAUGCACAAAAAAGGAUACUUUGAAUACAGCUGGAUAACAUUAGUGUGUCUCUGUGUGUUUGUAUGUGCAUUUUCGUUAGGCUUUGGCCCUGUGCCAUGGCUGAUGAUGGGCGAACUUUUACCACUAAGAGUGAAAGGAAUAGCUUCUAGUAUCUCAACGAUGUUUAAUUGGACUUGCGUAUUUAUUGUCACUGGAGAAUAUCAUACAAUGUUAGACUCUAUGCAUGAUUAUGGGACAUACUGGUUUUAUGGAGCUUUCUGUUUUCUUAGUUGUAUAUUUGUGAUAUUUCUUCCUGAAACUAAAGGAAAAACUUUGGAGAGUAUUGAAAGAACAUUUCUGCUGAGUGAAGACUUAUCAGAAGGAAUUAAUUGAUGUAAAAAUGAUUAUUUAUAUAAAAAUUCAAUCAAGUUAAUUAAAACUUUUAUUUAAAUUAUGAAUUGAUCUUCAAGUACACAAGCAAAGAAUAUAAAAGUAAAUAUGAAGUUUUGAUAGUCAAAUCACCACUCUAAUUUAAAAGUGUCUUUCUUUCAUAGUAUGUUCACUUUAAAGAAAAUUUUGCUAGAAAUGGUAACAUUUUUCUGUUUAUUAGAUAUUUAAAAAAAUCUUGAAUUUUUUAAGGUGGUCAUGUAUUAAAUGUUUAAUGCUACAUUUAGCAGUAUUAAAAAUGUAUUUUAACAAAAACUUAUAUUGAACUUGGGAGAUAGCCAAGGCAGUAAAGACACUAAUUUGCCUCUUCGAGGGACACGCAUUGAGCUGACUGGGUUCAGUUUUCAGAUAGGUUGGAGGCUGACAGAUCCUUGCUGACCUAACAGCUAGCUGCUCCAUUGGGGCCUGUAUAAACUGUGAUGAACUUAGUACUCAGAGUGGAGUUAAAUCUUUGUCCUACAAGCAGAAUAAAAAAUAUGUAUCUACUAUCUGAUUAUCUAUCUAGUAAUGUAGCUCAUACUGUAAAUUUCCUGUCUUAUGAAGAUUUUACUGUUUUGAAAUAGAAAAAAUCUUUUACUUUUGUAGUUUUUAGCAGGCAACCUCUGCCGAUAUAAUACUUUUUGACUAAUAUAAGGCUGUACAUUGGCAUCUUUUAAAAGUCAACUGGAUAAUCUUCUAUUAUUUGAUAUUUUAAAUCUUUAUAAUUAUACUGUUCUCAUAAAAAAAAGUUCUACUGCCAUACAUACUGUAUAAAAGAAAACUUUUUGCAGUAACAAUUGUGUAUUCAGAGAUUGAUCCCUAAAUAUUUUUUACAAAUAAUUCUGAUGGUCUAAUGACAAAUUCAAAAUCUAAAUCAAAGAUUGUUAAAGACGAGUGAUACUGGAGCAAUCAAAUGAAACGUUUACUUGUAGAGUUUUUGUCCCUUGAGUCUGUAGUAAACAGAUGGAAAUUCAAGCUUCACAGCAUGCCAAGGCUCUUCCUUGCAAGUGAACUUUUCAC